UAUUAACCCCCUCCAUUUAUAUAUUCCCCUCUCUUCUCCCACAGAUCCGAAUCUCUUCUCUUCUUCAUAUUCAACUUCCAUUAUCCCCCCAGUCAACAGCUUCAACUCACACAUACAACCUCUUCCUCCAAUCACCUUCCACUACUACCUUCACUACCCUUCAACAAACCUUCAAGAUGGCAGGAGAGACUAUGGUCCAGGGCCAAUUCACCCACAACAACACCGAGGCACCGCAAUACACUGAUCGUGUGCUCCCUCUCUUCUCCCUCAAGGGAAAGACUGCCAUCGUCUCCGGAGCCGGAGCAGGAAUCGGUCUUGCUGUCGCCCACGCCCUCGCUGAGGCAGGUGCCAAUGUCGCCAUCUGGUAUAACAGCAACAAGAAGGCCAUCCAGGAGGCUGAGAAGAUCGAGAAGACCUUUGGCGUUAAGUGCAAGGCAUACCAAGUAAACAUCACCACCUACGAGGCCGUCGAGGCGGCCGUAAACCAAGCCGUCUCAGACUUCGGCGGCCGUCUCGACGUCUUCAUCGCCAACUCCGGCAUCCCCUGGACGCAGGGUGCCAUGCUCGACGGGGAGAUCUCCCACUACAACAAGGUGGUCACCACGGAUCUGGACGGGACCUUCUACUCCGCGCGCGCGGCUGGGAAGCACUGGCGUCGCCAGAAGGCUGAGGGGACGACGACCGAUGGGAAGAAGUUGGAGAACUUUACUUAUGGGAGUUUUGUUGCUACGGCGAGUAUGAGUGGGCAUAUUGUGAAUAUUCCGCAGUUGCAGGGAGCGUAUAAUGCUGCUAAGGCGGGUGUUAUUCACCUUUGCAAGUCCCUCGCUGUCGAGUGGGUCGGUUUCGCCCGCGCCAACUCCGUCAGCCCGGGCUACAUGGCGACUGAGAUCAGCGACUUCGUGCCGGCGGAGACGAAGGCGAUCUGGAAGAACAAGAUCCCAAUGGGUCGUGAGGGCGAGGCGCACGAGCUCAAGGGCGCGUACCUGUACCUGGCCAGUGAUGCGGCGAGUUACACGACGGGGACGGAUAUCAUUGUUGAUGGUGGUUACUGCCUUCCAUAGAUGAGUGAUGAUGGUGGGUUAUGGGAAUUUUAUAUAUGGAUAUGAUGGAUGGAUGGGGAGGGGAGCCAAGGCCUACGGGCGUGUGCUGAGGGAUGGAUGGAUAGCAAAUAGAGAAUGAUCUUGGUAGGAUGUGGAAUAAAAGCCAAUUGAUCCCCCCAA